GCAGCGCUACAGUGGAGCAGGUUGGCUCCAUCCUAUCGGGACCAGGGAUACCUUCCUGGAUUUGGGAGCGCUGGGCCGGCGUGAGUCAGAGAGAACUAUACCAAAUUCAUCAUGAUUGAAGACAAUAAGGAAAACAAAGACCAUUCUUUAGAAAAAGGAAGAGCAACUCUCAUUUUUUCCUUAAAGAAUGAAAUUGGAGGACUUAUAAAAGCACUGAAAAUCUUCCAGGAGAAGCGUGUGAACCUGUUGCACAUCGAGUCCCGAAAAUCCAAGAGAAGAAACUCGGAAUUUGAGAUUUUUGUUGACUGUGAUAUCAACAGAGAACAAUUGAGUGAUAUUUUUCAUCUAUUGAAGUCUAAUACUAAUGUUCUCUGUUUGAAUCCACCUGAUAAUUUUACCAUGAAGGAGGAUGGUAUAGAAAUGGUUCCUUGGUUUCCAAAGAAGAUUUCUGACCUGGACCAUUGUGCCAACAGAGUUCUGAUGUAUGGAUCUGAACUGGAUGCAGACCAUCCUGGCUUCAAAGACCAUGUCUACCGUAAAAGGCGGAAGUAUUUUGCAGACUUGGCUAUGAACUAUAAACACGGCAACCCCAUUCCUAGAGUUGAAUUCACUGAGGAGGAGAUUAAGACCUGGGGAACUGUGUUCCGAGAGCUCAACAAGCUUUACCCAACCCAUGCCUGCAGAGAGUAUCUCCAAAACUUACCUUUGCUUUCUAAGUAUUGCGGAUAUCGGGAAGAUAAUAUCCCACAGUUGGAAGAUGUUUCAAACUUUUUAAAAGAGUGCACAGGUUUUUCCAUCCGUCCUGUGGCUGGUUAUUUAUCAUCAAGGGAUUUCUUAUCAGGUUUAGCCUUUCGAGUUUUCCACUGCACACAGUAUGUGAGACACAGUUCAGAUCCCCUGUAUACCCCAGAGCCCGAUACCUGCCAUGAACUUUUAGGUCAUGUCCCCCUCUUGGCUGAACCUAGUUUUGCACAAUUCUCCCAAGAAAUUGGCCUGGCAUCCCUUGGAGCUUCAGAGGAGGCUGUUCAAAAACUGGCAACGUGCUACUUUUUCACUGUGGAGUUUGGUCUGUGUAAACAAGAUGGGCAGCUAAGAGUUUUUGGUGCUGGCUUACUGUCUUCUAUCAGUGAACUCAAACAUGCACUUUCUGGACAUGCCAAAGUGAAGCCCUUUGACCCCAAGAUUACCUGUCAACAGGAAUGUCUCAUCACAACUUUUCAGGAUGUCUACUUUGUAUCUGAAAGCUUUGAAGAUGCAAAGGAGAAGAUGAGAGAAUUUACCGAAACAAUUAAGCGCCCAUUUGGAGUGAAGUAUAAUCCAUAUACACAAAGUAUUCAGAUCUUGAAAGACACCAAGAGCCUAACCAGCGUCAUGAAUGAGCUGCAGCAUGAUCUUGGUGUUGUCAGUGACGCCCUUGCUAAGGUCAGCCGGCCGCCGAGCAUCUGACAGUUGCCAGUCCUAAUCCUGAGAGCGCAUCUGAGCAUCAAUUCACAAGCCUGGGGGCCAACUCUUGCUUUUCUUAAAGAUUUGGUCAUGGAGGGAUAGCAGCCAAACAAUAUUUUCUACUCCCAUUCCUUAAUGGCCCAUUAGUCUUUGAAAAUUUGUACUUGGAUAUGCUAGCCACCACCUGUUUUUGUUUUUGGUGUCAGUUUUAGUGAAAUAUUAUUCACAUAUCAUACAAUCCAUGACUACCUGUUGUUUUUAUAGAGAAGUUGUUUGACCCAAUAGAUAUAUCUAGUCCCAGCCUUCUAUUUUUCCCAAUCUUUCUUGAGUAAAAUGACUUUUAUGAGCAUUUAAAAUACCUUCAUAGGAUUGUCAACAAUAAAAAACAAUACCUUUAUAGGUAUUAUGGAGCUGGUCCAUGUAGUUACCUAAAUCGUCUUAUUUCUAAGCUAUCUUAUGUAUCACUGAAUUUGUGCCAAGCUCAAUCACAUUCAAACCCCUGAUUUUAAUAGGAGACCAGCUGCUAGCAUGCACAACAGUUUAGAGGGCUUUGCACAUGAAGCAUACCCAAUAAAGAGCAAGCUGUCUAGCUUCAAGGGUACAUUCUUGUAGGGAUAGGAGUAGCUAAGUCUGGAAAGGUCAACUGGGGUAUAAUCUUAAGACCAGGCUAAGAAUUUGGGGCUUUUAUUUUGUAGGCACUAGGGAGCCCCUUCCCAAAUGACAAUUCUCUUUAAAACUUUCUUUUCAAUGGCAUUGCAUGACACUGGUUUUAUUUUAGAUGAUCUGUCCCACUCAUGGGGCCAAGGGAACUUGGUGGGGGUGCUACUUGCAAGGCCCGUACUCAGACAUGUAGUCCCAGUAUUGUGGCGGAUUGUCCUUGGGUUAGCAGAAGACAGAGUUGG